AUGCGUUUUAAACCUCCGUCCGAUCCAAGUUCUAUACAUGGAAUUCAGCAAGCCGAUAAACACGGGUUGAUUUGCCUCGGAACGGGUUCACCUGCAAACAAUGAGACUUUCGAGUCACAAUCUGAAGACUGCUUAUUCAUCGACGUGUACGCACCGACUCAGGCGACUGCAACCUCUAAGCUGCCAGUUUUCUUUUUCAUACAGGGAGGAGGGUUUGUGUCCAAUUCCAACAGCAAUUACAACGGCAGCGGCCUCAUCGAAGCAAGUGAUCGCUCUAUUCUUGUUGUCACCUUCAACUAUCGAGUAGGACCUUACGGCUUUUUGACGAACGGAAAUCAGAUUACGCCAAACAAUGGACUGUGGGACCAAGUGAAGGCUCUUCAAUGGAUACAAAAACACAUUCACAAGUUUGGGGGUAAUCCAAGACAUGUUGUAAUUGGGGGCGACUCAGCUGGCGCUGCCAGUGUCUCGUACCAUCUGACUCGGGACCGAGGCAACAACCACGGCCUCUUUGUCGGCGCCGCUGCAGAGUCUGUUUCCUUUUCAACUCUUCUCACAGUGAACCAGUCCCAAUAUUUGUACGACUCGUUUGCUAUCCGUGCCGGAUGUGCCACCACGAAUAGCCUGGCUUGCUUACGGUCCAAGUCAUCCCAGGAACUACAGUCUGCCAACGUCAAUUUGCAGCCGCUUCCGGGUGCACAAAACCCACAAUUAUUUGCUUGGAACCCGGUCAUUGAUGGAGACUUUAUUUCUGAAAUUACGUACGACGCGUAUAAGAACGGCCACUUUGUGCGUGUACCAGUUAUUGUUGGAGAUGACACCAACGGGGGCACAGUGUUUGCCCCGCGAGACACCACCACCAUGCCACAGAUGAACACAUUCCUCCAUGACCAGUUUCCAUUUCUCAGCUUGAAUGAUUUGGAAGCUAUUGACAGGCUGUACCCUAACACAAACACAUCCUGUCCUCAGCCAGGCUGUCGAUGGAGGCAGGUGAGCGCAGCAUACGGGGAUAUGAGAUACAAGUGUCCUGGGUUGUACAUCAACCACCAGUACAAUUCUCAUGGAGAAACAGCGUCGUGGGCAUACCAAUGGAAUGUAGAGGACCCUGCUCAAAUAGCAGAUGGUGUAGGCGUGCCACAUACGGUUGAGGUACAUGCUAUUUUUGGUCCAAAUAAUACACAUGGACAAGCCCCGAGGAGUUAUUACCCGGGCAUGUCCAAUUCACAGGCUGUUGCGAUCGCGCAAGCAUAUUGGACCAGCUUUAUACGAACCUUGGACCCCAAUACAUAUCGUGUUGCCAACUCAGCUAAAUGGACAACAUACUCCAAGCACGACAUGCGCCACUUGGUCGUGAAUAGUGGAGGCAGGACUGAGAUGGUAGCAAUGCCAGGCAAGUUGAGAGAUGCGUGUAACUUCUUCGCAGAAAUCGGAUCUCGGAUUAAGCAGUAA